AAAAUAUCCCUUCUCAGGAAACAAAAGCGCCGAAAUCAAACGCACCAUUCACUGCCGGAUUUACGGAAGAUUUCAAUUAAGCGGCAUGAAGAAGCGUGAUCUCCUCCCAAAGCAACCGUGGAUCCUCGGCGGAGCUCUGGCCGGCCUCUUUGCCGGCGCCGUUCUCAUCGGCGCCUUCCUCCGAUCCCCCGACACCCCUCUCUCCCGCUCAACUGUCGUAGCUGCUCACAGCUGCGCAGGAGAUGUCGCCUACUCCGCCGAGUCGGCCGAACUCGUCGCCGCCAUCCUCCACUACGCCACCUCGCGCGACGUCCCGCAGCAGAGCUUCCAGGAGAUAACCGUCACCUACGACGUCCUCCGGGCCCGUCGCCGCUGCAACUUCCUCGUCUUCGGGUUGGGCCACGACUCCCUAAUGUGGGCCUCCUUCAAUCCACGUGGCACCACGCUAUUCCUCGAGGAAGACCCCAAGUGGGUCCAGUCCGUACUCAAAGAUUCCCCUUCCCCGCUCCGAGCCCACACCGUCCGGUACGCCACCAAGCUCGCCGAAGCCGACGCACUCCUCGGCGUGUACCGAUCGGAAUCGGAGUGUUCGCCGGCGAAAGCGUACCUCAAGGGGAACGCCCGGUGCAGGUUAGCGCUGAGCGAGCUGCCGGAGGAGGUCUACGACACGGAAUGGGACCUGAUAAUGAUCGACGCGCCGAGAGGAUACUUCCCGGAGGCUCCGGGGAGAAUGGGGGCGAUCUACUCGGCGGCGGUGAUGGCGAGGGCGAGGAAGGGAUCCGGCGUGACGCACGUGUUCCUGCACGAUGUCGAUCGGAAGGUGGAGAAGGUGUACGCGGAGGAGUUCUUGUGUCUGCAAUACCUGGUGGGGGCCGUUGGGAGGCUGUGGCACUUCCGCAUACCUCCAGCCGCCGCUAAUGGCAGCGAUGUUGUGUUUUGCUAGAUGAGUUCUGGUUUUCCGAACGUGAACUGUUGAGGGAAAGUGUAGAGGAAAAUGUGGAACUGAAUAACAAACAAGUAAAGGGAAUUAUUAAUUUUGUAUA